AAUAGAUUAAAUGUUCAAGCAGUUAUAACCAGUAUAGAGCUAUUUACCCCUUCCCCACCUCCAGUUUAAUAAAGGCAGGUUAAAAUCUGCAAGCUGAAAAAUAAACAUCCUGACGCACACACUUAGUGUUCAAAUAGCAUCCGCGUAUAAUGAAAUGAUACAGGUUCCAGAGUGCUUGGAUACUGUCAUUUCCUCAUAAUUAUAUGCCCCUUAGCAGAUGUGGCAAACAUACUGAUUAUUCUUUCUAGCAGGCUGCAUCUUGUCACGUUGUCUAACAUGGGGACAUCGCAAGGAUAAGGGGAAAAUUUGCUUAAUGCUGUGGAUGACCAGCAUUCAUUAAGAAAUUAUGAGAUGUCGGUCUCCAAGCAGAAGUCAAUCAGAGCGAGAUCAAACUGCCGUCCCAUCUAUGUGUUCAUCGCUGCUGGAGCAGAUUUAAACAACAAAAAAGAAAAAACCCCACUGAAAUAUCGAUGGAGCCUGCGUGAAUAUGUCUGCCUGUUGCUUGUCAUUAAUUUGUUAGCAAUGGUCCGGAGUGGAAAAAACGGUGGGCUCCACCUGAGACAGAUUGCAUACUACAAACGAACCGGGGAGUAUCAUCCUACAACGUUAUCGAGUGAAAGAAGUGGAAUCAGAAGAGCAGCCAAAAAAUUUGUUUUCAAAGAAAAUAAGUUGUUCUAUGUUGGAAAAGACAGAAAACAAAUGCGCUUGGUAAUUGUUUCAGAUGAAGAGAAGAAGAAGGUGCUUGAGAAAUGCCACGAAAAUGCUGCAGGCACUCAUCAUGGCAUAUCGAGGACACUGACUUUAGUGGAAUCUAAUUACUACUGGACUUCUGUAACAAACGAUGUCAAACAGUGGGUGUAUGCUUGCCAGCAUUGCCAAGUGGCAAAGAAUACAGCCAUCGCAGCACCCACAGCACGCCCUAUCAAAGCCGAGGACCCUUGGGCGGCAGUUACUAUAGACCUAAUAGGACCUUUUAAUGCAACCAACAGAAGCCACAUGUACAUCAUUGUGAUGACAGAUUUGUUCACCAAAUGGACUGUUAUCUUGCCAGUGCGUGAUACUUCAGCAGCUGAAAUUGCCAAGGCAAUCAUAAAUGUGUUUUUCUUGUAUGGACCGCCUCAAAAAAUGCCUAUUGAUCAAGGGCAGGAGCUUGUUCAUCAGAUAAACAAAGAACUAUUUGCGGUCUUUGGAAUGAAACAAAUAGUAUUGUCUUAUCCUCAGACAGAUGAUGCAAAUGAAAGAACAUGCAAGACAAUCAAAGCUUUCCUUAACAAGUAUUGCACAGACCAUCCAAAUGAUUGGGAUGAACAUUUAUCUGCUAUUGCCUAUGCUUUUAAUUUGACUAAUGUGGAGCCAGAUCAAAGCACCCCAUAUUUCCAAAUGUUUAAUCGUAACCCCUGUGUGGUUGAUCCAACAAAUGUGUGUGUGGAAGGAGAAGACUGCAUGUUUGCCAAAAUAUUUGAAGCAAUUAAAAAAGCCAGUCAAGCGCUGGAGGAAGAGAAAACCUCAGACUGUCAGAUAGUGAAAAUCACUUCAGAUGAACAGAAAGCCAGAAACAAGAUCACUGUCAAAAGGAAGCCAAAACAGUUAAAUCCCCUUUGCCUUAAAGUUGGGCAUGAAGUCCUCAGACAGAGAAAAAACUGGUGGAAGGAUGGUCGUUUCCAGUCAGAAUGGGUUGGUCCUUGUAUUAUAGAUUAUAUCACAGAUAAUGGCUGUGCAAUAUUAAGAGAUGCCACAGGAUCCAGGCUGAAAAGACCCAUCAAAAUGUCUCACCUUAAGCCAUACGUAAGAGGGUCCAGUGAACAAGACAACCAUUACUUCUUACAAGGUGCAAUAGUUGUUGACCACGACUAUAUUGGCUUUUCUGAAAGAUCAUAUAAUCCAUGCCAGCAAGACCCCAUUGUUGAAGGAGAGAUGAAUGCCUAUGCAAGAGGUGUCAUGUCUGCUGCGCAAAUACCAUCUGCCGCCAGCAAAGACCAAGAAUCAACAGAACAUAAACAUCAGUCUGAGCUAACGAAAGAUGGUAGCAUUGAACCAAACAACGCACAUCCAGAGCAGUGGCCUUCACCUUGCUGGACGCUUCAGACCAAGAUAGAAGAUACUUAAGCAAAUAAUUGCACGUCAUCGUUUACUGGCAAAUAGUUUUGAACUUCUGUGGCAGACUGAAACAGUCUUAAUAGCUCCAAGUUCCUCAGACAAAUUCACUUCACUACUGUAUGUAUUUAAGAAAGCUGCAGAUGUCCAGUGGUUAACUGAUAUGGGCAUUAAGAAGCAAUGCCUCUGUUGUCAGAAAUAUGCUAGAACGUGCUAGAAAAAGCACGUUAUCAUCAUGCAGUUGAAUUUCAGUAUGUUUGUAGAACAGCAGUGUGGCCCUACCUCACUGUUUAUCAUCUCAGGGCGCAUCACAUUAUUUCAUUCUGAUGAAAUCAUUCAUUCAUUCAUUAAUCCUCAGAUGACUCACUCCUAACAUGCAGAGAUAUUGCAGGAUAAAUGUAAUCUAAGCAACUUAACAUAAAUUUUACCUCCAGUCCAGAAGGGUAAAGAAGUUCGUGUCCUCCUUUCUUUUGCUGUAAAACUGUUUCCCAUUCUUUCUGAGAAGUUGCAAACUCUGACCUUAACAGCUUUUAAUCUCUAGUUUAGCCCAUAGCCCUAAGAUCUCACAGAGCAGCAAAGCUGCCAAAAUCACGUACAGGCACUGUUCUGCACAUGAAACAACAAGGCCUGCAGCUGCUGCAUGCUCAUCAAAACUCUACCAGGGAGAGCAAUUUUAGUCUCUCAGGCAAGCUAAAUCUUAAGAGUGCUCAGCACUUGUUUGUGCUCUCUUCCCAAGCCUCUGAUUUCCCUUACUGUUACUUCUCAGAGCUACAACAGGUUUGGAGGAGAAUUCCCCUUCUUCCACUGACAGUGCUCCAACAAAGGUGAAGGACUGAUGUUAGUUACUCUCUGAAUGCCUUGACCGAGUUGCUAUUAGCCCGGGCUAAGAGGACUCCAUCUCAAAGUAAGAGCAAAAUUUAUCUACUGUUGAAAGUCAGUUGAAGAGUAAUUCUUUCAUAUGGAAAACUGAUGAGAGCAAGAGUUUUCCAUUAAUCUUAGAUAGGAAGACUUGGCCUUCAAGGCUGUUUAGAUACUGGACUCAUACAGAAAUUCAUACCUGGGUUAUGAGAUGGCCUAUCACAGGCCAAGGCUAGGUAAGAAAAGCACAGAACAUCCUAAGAUGCCUUUGAAAAAAUACUUAAUAUUCAGAAACUACUUUGUAUCUUCCAAAAAUCUAGUCCUACAUACACUUUUUUUCCCCACUGAGACAGUGUUUUAGAAGAAUGUACCAAACAAAGACAGUUGGAUAUGCUAUCCUAACAGGCUCCUCCUAUACCUCAACUCCACUGAGCACAAAGAUGAACAAGGCUUGUGUUAUUCAUUGACAAACAUGCUCAAGCUUAAAAGCCCAUCUUUAUAUAAAUUGCUUUUACCCCCAAGCUAUAGUGUCCUCUGAGGCAAGUAAUCGUUAUAAUGAUUUUUCUAAUGCAGUCAAGAAAGCAAGUGGGCUUGGUGAAAUACAUUUCUCUUGCUUAAAAAGAGAGAAGACUUACCAAAAAAUUCCAACAAGCAACAUUCUGUUAAACUGUAUUUGAAACAAAAAAGACACAAAUAAUGUGUGCUCGUAAAUAGGAAAUAGCUGGUAAUUGUAAGCAGUGGUCUUACCUUGAUU